GUGCUCCAAAACUAAGGAUCUUGGCUGCAAGGGUUCUUGGUUUGACAUGUAGUUCCUCUGCUUGUGAGAGGAACUAGAGUGUAUUUGAUCAAGUUCACACAAAGAGACGCAACAGGAUGCUGCAUGACAAGAUGAGUGACCUUGUUUUCAUCAAGUUCAACUCCAAACUGAAGGACAAGAAACUAAACAAACGCAAGGACCCCAUUGAGAAGCAGGUGGUAGAUGUUUUAGAAGAUGAUGAGAAUGAAUGGAUCACUGGUGUAGUGCCAAACGGUGAUGAAGAACAAGGUGAAGAUCAAGAUCAAGAAAUUCUGUAUGCAAGCUCGCAUGCUGGACCAGGAACUUCUGCUAUUAAUCCACUUAAAAGGAAGAGGGGUGUCUAUGGUAAGAAGAAGAAGAAGAUGAUCCCUGUUACUCCUCAAGAAGAUCUGCUCUCUGCUUCCUCUGCUUCAGAAAGUGACGACGACGAGGACACUGACAUGAGUUCUGGUUCUGACAUGUGAGCUUGUCGGUUUCUCUAUGAACUUCAUUUUGGCGCUCAUGAUUCUAUCCUUUCCUGUGUGCUUUUGACAAAUGAAUUCUGAAGACUUUGUGAUGCAUGUA